GGGGCCGCAGCGGCGCCGCUGAGCGCAGCCCGGGACGGGGCGCGGCCGGCCGAGAUGCCGUGGUGCCCGGUGAAGAAGAUCCGCAAACAGAUCAAGCUGCUGCUGCUGCUGCUGCUGCUCACCUGCGCCGCGUGGCUCACGUACGUGCACCUGAGCCUGGUGCGCCAGGGCCGCGCGCUGCGCCAGCGCCUGGGCUACGGGCGAGACGGUGAAAAGCUGACGGGUGUGACAGAUGGCCGGGGUGCCCGGGCCGUGCUGUCCACACAGAGGGCCGAGGACUCCAGUGAGAGCCGCGAGGAGGAGCCCGCGGCUGAAGGUCAGGACCCGAAUAUCCUGUUUCCCGGGGGGGCUGGGAAGCCACCCCCCCUGAACCUCACCCAUCAGACCCCCCCCUGGCGGGAGGAGUACAAGGGGCAGGUGAACCUGCACGUGUUUGAGGACUGGUGCGGCGGGGCCGUGGGCCACCUGCGGAGCAACCUGCACUUCCCACUGUACCCCCACAUUCGCACCACUGUGAAGAAGUUGGCUGUGUCCCCCAAGUGGAAGAAUUACGGGCUUCGGAUUUUCGGCUUCAUCCACCCAGCAAGAGAUGGCGACGUCCAGUUCUCUGUGGCUUCAGAUGACAACUCUGAGUUCUGGCUCAGCCCCAACGAGAGCCCGGCGGGGGCCCAGCUCAUGGCCUUCGUGGGCAAGACCGGCUCGGAGUGGACGGCACCUGGAGAAUUCACCAAGUUCAGCUCCCAGGUGUCCAGGCCCAGGCGGCUCAUGGCCUCCCGGAGAUACUACUUUGAGCUGCUGCACAAACAGGACGACCGAGGCUCUGACCACGUGGAAGUGGGCUGGCGAGCUUUCCUGCCCAGUCAGAAGUUCGACGUCAUCGAUGCGGCCCACAUCUCGCUCUACACAGACGAGUCUACCCUGAAGAUGGACCACGUGGCGCAUGUACCCCAGUCUCCAGCCAGCCACGUGGGGAGGCCUCUGCUGCGGGCGGAGCCCAGCGUUGACAUGCUGCGGCCGGACCCCCGAGACACAUUCUUCCUCACUCCUCGGUUGGAGCCCUCGAGCCUGGAGGACGUGUUAGAGCCGUGCGCCUACGCCCCCACCUACGUCGUCAAGGACUUUCCCAUCGCGAGAUACCAGGGGCUGCAGUUUGUGUACCUGUCCUUCGUUUAUCCCAAUGACUACACGCGCCUCACUCACAUGGAGACAGAGAACAAGUGCUUCUACCGGGAGUCACCUUUGUACUUGGAAAGGUUUGGGUUCUAUAAAUACAUGAAGAUGGACAAGGAGGAGGGCGAGGGAGACGCCGAGCAGGAGGUGCAGCGCCGAGCCUUCCUCUUUCUCAACCCCGACGACUUCCUGGACGACGAGGACGACGGGGAGCUGCUCGACAGUCUGGAGCCCACCGAGGCGUCCCCUCCGCAGAACCGGCGCCAGGUCCCCUCCCCGGCAGCGCACGACCCCGCCCCGACCGCGGCCGGAGCCACCCCAGUCCCGCCGACCUCCCCCGGCCCACGGGACAAGCGGCACCCCCGGCGCUCGCGGGCGCUGAGCUGGGCCGGCCGGGGCGCCCCGCCUCUGCCCUUCCUUUUGGGCCGCGCCGCGUCACCCCGCGCUGCCGCCGAGCAUCCGCCCUCGAAGGUGUAUGUGACGCGGGUGCGGCCCGGACCGCGAGCGCACCCCCGGGCCCCGGCACGGCUCAGUCCCCGCGGCGCGCCCUGGCCGCCCUUCCCCGGCGUCCUCCUCCGCUCCAGACUUCGGCCCAGGGUGCAGCUGCGGGCGCCCCCACGCCCGCCCCGGCCCCGCGGCCACAGGACCAGCGGCCCCCAGGCCAGGGAGCGGCGCGCGGACGCCCCCACGCGACCCCCGGCCCGGGCGCAAGCCACCCCGAGGGCCUGGGAGGGCCAGGAGCGCACGCCGGGACUCGCCGCGCCCACAGCCGACACGAACUCAUCAGAGGCGUGGCCGGUGACCUCCUUCCUGAGCGUGUCCCAGGUGUCCGGGCCCCAACCGCCCCGGAAGGGCCAGGAGGAGGAGGAAGAAGGGGGAGAAGAUGGCGGCCCCGGCGACGAGGCCGCGUCGGAGGACAGCGAGGAGGCGGCGGCCGGCCCAGGCACGCGCCGCGGCCGCUGGCGGGAGGACGCCAUUGACUGGCAGCGCACGUUCAGCGUGGGCGCCGUGGACUUCGAGCUCCUGCGCUCCGACUGGAACGACCUGCGCUGCAACGUGUCGGGGAACCUGCAGCUGCCGGAGGCCGAGGCAGUGGACGUGGUGGCGCAGUAUAUGGAGCGGCUCAACGCUCGCCACGGCGGGCGCUUCGCGCUUCUGCGCAUUGUGAACGUGGAGAAGCGCCGCGACUCGGCGCGCGGGAGCCGCUUUCUCCUGGAGCUGGAGCUGCAGGAGCGCGGGGGCGGCCGCCGGCGUCUAUCCGAGUACGUCUUCCUGCGGCUGCCGGGGGCUCGCGUCGGGGACGCGGACGGAGGGAGCUCCGCGCCCGCGCCCGCCGCCUCCGCGCGCCCCGACGGCCGCCCGGAGCUCUGCCGGCCGCUGCGCCUGGCCUGGCGCCAGGACGUGAUGGUGCACUUCAUCGUGCCAGUGAAGAACCAGGCGCGCUGGGUGGCGCAGUUCCUGGCGGACAUGGCCGCGCUGCACGCCCGCACGGGGGACUCGCACUUCAGCGUCGUCCUGGUGGACUUUGACAGCGAAGACAUGGACGUGGAGCAGGCUCUGCGCGCGGCGCGGCUGCCCGGGUACCAGUACCUGAGGCGAACCGGGAACUUCGAGCGCUCGGCCGGGCUGCAGGCGGGAGUGGACGCCGUGGAGGACGCCAGCAGCAUCGUCUUCCUCUGCGACCUGCACAUCCACUUCCCCCCCGGCAUCCUGGACAGCGUCCGCAAGCACUGCGUGGAGGGCAGCCUGGCCUUCGCGCCCGUGGUCAUGCGCCUGCGCUGUGGGAGCUCCCCGGGGGACCCGCACGGCUACUGGGAGGUGAACGGCUUCGGUCUCUUCGGGAUCUACAAGUCGGAUUUUGACCGAGUUGGGGGCAUGAACACUGAGGAAUUCCGAGACCAGUGGGGGGGCGAGGACUGGGAGCUCCUGGACAGGGUCCUGCAGGCAGGGCUGGAGGUGGAGCGGCUCCGACUCCGGAACUUCUACCAUCACUACCACUCCAAGCGGGGAAUGUGGGACGCUCGGAACCGGAAGGGCUCCCGGACAGGCUGACCUUGAAGAGGGGUGUCAUGACCCCUCCCAGCCCCCAGCCAGCAUCCUGCUGCUGGGCUGGAGGCCGGGCUCUGAGCCUGGACACCUGGGUCCUGUGGGGGCUGGCCAGAGCGGUACAGGGGCCACCGGGCACUGGCUGCUCUCUGGCCCCGCCGAGGCUGCUGCCCCCUCGCUGGCCCCGGCCCCCCAGAUGGCCGUCUUCACAGAUCGGGGCUGGGCUUGGUCCCCACACUCUGUGCGAUGAUUUCUGUGAAAUUUUGCUGUAGCGAUGACAUUGUUUUCAGGAUUUCCAAGAGUUCUGUCUGUUCCAUUUUUUAUUCAGAAUGAAAUAAAUAUUUUUUUUAGUUCUGA